AAGAACCCGAGGCCAGGUGGUGAGACUGAAUACCUCGUGGAUGAGGCACAGAAAAAGGAUCAGAGGGGAAAUUUAAUGGACCUCGUUGAUCGUAAUCUGAUGAGCUAUGACUGGACAGAAGCAGAGAUGAUUCUAAGAUUAGCAAUUCAAUGCAUAGAUUCACCGUCAAUCAGACCAACCAUGUCUAAAAUCGUGAAGAUUUUAAAGAAAGAACCCUCAAUCAGGACCAUUUCGAUCAAGCCAGAGGGUGUUUAAUUUCUCCAUGUACAAGACUCAGAAAUGGGAAAGAAUUCGCUCCUAUUGGCUUCUCGUGGCCAAUACAACAUCUGGGCAAACAAGGUUAAGAAAUCAUGACCAAUACACUAUGCUUGACAGAGGCGGAGCUAGAAGGCAACUUAUUAGUUCGUAUGAACAAGUAGUAUGUUUGUCCUAAACCUUGUAUUUGUGUUAUGAGAUUCACUGAAUACGUACAUAUUUUAAAUUUAGAAUCCGGUUAUUAGCAGUUGAUGUUGUUACGGUAAAUUCAGAAGUCAUAAAAUUCAAAUCCUAGAUACGCCUCGGUGUUUCGACUAGUGUGCCAGGAUUUGAUAUUUUAUUGGCUUGCCAGGUUAUGUACAAUACAUGAUUGUGUUGCCUUGUUGAGUUAAAAUCUUGUUGCAUCUAUUAAAUAAAAUGAUAAGAUAUGAUGAAACACAAGAAAAA